AUGCAGCAAGAUGAAAGAAGAAAAUAGUUUCUUCUACUCUAGCAAGAUUAUGUUAGUCCAGGAAUACAUCUGAGUCAUGGGAACUGAGGAUCUGCAGCUUCUAAAUUUAAGGAGAAUUUAUUUACCUCCCUUAGGUACCAGGGGUUUGCCUUCCAAGCUGUCAUCUUUUAUUUGAGUGUUACUGUGCCCAACAAGUUUUAGCCUCCCCCACAACACUAAAAUCCCUACUCAGUAUUAUGAAGACAAAUACUGAGACUUUGAAAAAGAAUGUUCUGUACCCAGUGGUAUUAAAAAGGGAAGAACAGUUUUGAUACUUUUGUACCAGCUGAUGCUGCUUAAAACUGAUGCUCAUUAAAAAAAAAAAAAAAAAAAUUGGGAAAUUUGGAUUGGAGGAGACCUGAAAGUUCAACAUUCAACCUUAAAACAGGGCAAACUUCUAACACGUUGCUUGGGGCCUGGCCAAGCAAGUUAGGAACUUUCUCCAAGAAUGGCAAGUCCACAGUGGUUGGUUGGGAAUUUGGUGGUUUCACGGUGUAUUUUUCCCUGCUUCUGCAUAGAAAACAGAGCUUGGCUGAGCUUUUUGGACUCCAGAAACCAGAAAUGUUGCAGUCAGUGCAAGGAUGACAAAGACAGAGGCAGCCAAAGUCAGAUUGUAUUGCAGGAUGAUGUGGAAUUCCCUGAGCAAGGAAGGAGAAAUUACAGCUGCUAUCACCACCCCUUUUGUGUAAGGGGUCCUGCCUGUAAAAGCAUGAAAAUGCAUCCUCCUGGAUUGCUGUUUUUCUUCGUAGCAGCAUGCUUCACUCCCACAGCUGACUGCCAGAGUCAGAAGUUAAAAUCCAUGCGAUGCAAUGUCAAGACGAAGUUUACCUUGAACACAGCGUGUACUGCUUGUGCUGCAGCUCCUAAAAUGUUGUGUCCAAGAGGCUGGUUAAAGACCACCCAAGGAUUAGGGGUGAGAGACUGCAGGUACUCUGUCAAGUUGGGAGAAAAUACCCUUUCCCUGCCAGGGUGUCAUCACAUAUGUAAGAAGGAAAUUGAGGAGAAGAAGUGCUGUCCAGGAUUCUGGGGUACAGAGUGCUAUGAGUGUCCAGGUGGCUCUGAAAACCCCUGCAGUGGCCAUGGCACGUGCUUGGACGGGAUGCAGCAAAAUGGGACCUGCAUCUGCAAGGAGCAAUACAGUGGGUUCGCCUGCCAGAACUGUAGAGAUGAAAAUCGUUUUGGCCCAGAUUGUCAGUCAGAGUGUGACUGUGUCCACGGGGAGUGCAGCAGCGGUGUCGCUGGCAAUGGGAGCUGCACGUGCCAUGGAGGCUACACAGGCCCCAGGUGUGACCAAGAGCUGUCCCUGUGCAAAGGCGUGACCUGCGAGCCCAACAGCGAGUGUGUGGUGAGGGAUGGGACUGCAGAGUGUGCCUGCAAGCCGGGCUACAGAAAGCUUGGGAGCACUUGCCAAGCUCAGGAUCCUUGUUACCCUUCUCCAUGCUCCCCCUUCGCUGUAUGUAAAGCUCUGGGAUCACGAACAUAUCAGUGUACCUGCAAAGAAGGAUAUCAAGGAGAUGGGAGCAUUUGCCAGCCCAUAAACCCUUGUGUUGACAACAAUGGAGGCUGCCCAGAAAACUCUACAAUUUGUGUUUACAGACGUCCAGGAGAGGCAACUUGUGCUUGCAAGCCUGGGAUGAGCAGGAGAACUCCUUCCUCCGAGUGUUCAGCGUUUCCCAGCGAUUGCCGGCAGUAUUUCUGCGACGUGACCUCCAAGUGUGAAAUCAAUGCUCAGGGGAAUCCUAGCUGUGUGUGUAAAGAAUGGGAGAUUGGAGAUGGGAGAAGCUGCUAUAAAGAUCUCUUGGGGGAGAUAAAUCAGCACAAUUUGCGAGGAAGGUUUGCUAGGAAAUUUAACGUCGCCAAGAAAAUGUUUGCUUCUGGUUGCUCCACGUUGCUGACUAAAUAUGGGCCCUUCACAGUCUUUGUGCCAUCCCUUCUCCCCAUUCAUGAUAGAAUGGAAUUUAAUGACACCACUGCUGAGCGGUUGUGCAGAAUGCACAUUGUUCCUGGCCUGCACUUGAUAGAAGACAUGAUAAAAACCAAGACUAUGUGGACCUUGUCAGGACACCAGCUGACAUUCACAAGCCAGACAUACAUCAAAUCAUUUCGAUAUCAAGACCUGCCGGGGGAACUGUACAACGUUCUGCAGUCAAACCUGCCAGCAGCCAACGGCAUCAUGCAUGUGGUUAACACCCUGAGGAAAAAAACCAGCACUGACAACCUCAGCAACCCACAGAAAACCAUUGGUGAGAUCCUUGCUUCAAUGGAGAUCUUCAGUAGGUUUGAAACUAUACUGGAGAACUGUGGCCUGCCUGCAAUCCUGGAUGGACCAGGCCCUUUUACUGUAUUUGUGCCCAGCAAUGAUGGUGUGGAUAAGCUGAGAGAUGGGAGGCUCAUUUAUCUUUUCACAGAGGGCAUAAAUAAACUUCAGGAACUCGUGAAACAUCACAUCUACACUGCAGCAGCGGUGACUGUAGAUAAACUGAUGCUGAUGCCACAAAUUGUUACUAUGGCUAACCAGAUACUUACCAUCAACAUCAGUACAGACGGAAGAAUUCUGAUGGAUGAAUCAGGGAUCCCCUUAAACAUGCGAGACAUUGUGGCAUCAAACGGUAUCAUUCAUACCUUGGAUGGCAUCUUCAUCCCCCCCUCAAUAAUUCCCAUUUUGCCUCACAGAUGCAAUGAGGAGCAACAUAAAAUUGUGACGGGCUCUUGUGUGGAUUGUGAGGCCCUCAACACCAGCAUUUGCCCACCUGGCAGCAUCGAAAUGGAAUCAACGCUCUUCCCAAAGGAAUGUGUCUACAUCCAUGACCCACAAGGGCUGAACGUCCUGAAGAAGGGGUGCGCCAGGUACUGCAAUCAAACCAUCACGAAACCUGGAUGCUGCAAAGGAUUCUUUGGUCCAGACUGCAUGCCGUGCCCGGGGGGAUUCACCAGUCCGUGCUAUGGCCGGGGAAAUUGCAGCGAUGGCAUUCAGGGGAAUGGCAACUGUCAGUGCUUUGAGGGUUUCAAAGGAACAGCCUGUCACAUCUGUGCAAACCCAAACAAGCACGGCGAGAACUGUGAUGAAGACUGUGGCUGUGUCCAUGGUGUCUGUGACAACAGACCUGGCAGUGGUGGUGUGUGUCAGUCCUGGUCCUGUAAGGAGGGAUAUACCGGGAAAUUCUGUGACAGGACAUCCAAGAAUUGUGGCCCGAGCGGGCUGUCCCAGUACUGCCACCAGAACGCUGUCUGCAGCCUCAACGACACAGCCAGGUGCAUCUGCAUGGAUGGAUACGAAGGUGAUGGGUUUUCCUGCCAGCCCAUCGACCUGUGCAGUCAGCCAGAACGGGGAGGUUGUUCACAGAAUGCCCUGUGCACCAGUACAGGCCCUGGCACUGCCACCUGCCAGUGCAACGUGGGCUGGACCGGGGAUGGCAAGGUGUGUGUGGCCAUAGACAACUGCAUGCUGGAGAGCAGAGGGAACUGCCACCUCAAUGCUGACUGCAUCUACAUCGGCCCCGGGCAGAGCAAGUGUGUCUGCAAGAGGGGUUAUGCUGGGGAUGGGUACAGCUGUGAUGCAAUCAACCCCUGCCUCAUGGACAACGGCGGCUGCCACGACUUGGCUACAUGUGUGCCCCUUGGUGGAGGAGAGAGAUCCUGUGUUUGCUCUGAAGGCUACAUGGGGGAUGGCAUGACGUGCUACGGGGACAUUCUAAAAGAGCUGGCCAGGAAUUCCCACUUUGCGGGUUUCUACGACUGGGUUAAGAAAUCUCUCUUCAGCAUCCCAGCAGGAACCAAUGUCACUGUCCUGGUGCCAUCAGAGGCAGCUAUCAAGAACUUGAGUGACAGUGAAAAAGAUUUCUGGUUGACCCCCUACAUGCUGCCAUUUUUAGUCAGGGCCCACUUUCUCGAAGGUGUCUUCACUGCUGAAAAGCUCAAAAAGUACAACAGGCCAGAAUUACCCACUCUCAACCCACAGACCAGAUGGCAGAUAAACACCAUGAGCAGUGUAUUAACCAUCCAGAAUGCAAGUAUAGUUGUCAGUGACAUCCCUGCCAGCAAUGGCAUUAUCCAUAUCCUCAGUAAGGUUUUGUUGCCGCCCUCAGGAGACGUCCCCCCAAGUCCUCCUGGUCUGCAGGAACAGCUCGAGUCAGUGGCCUCAUUCAGCACCUUCAAGGAGUUGCUAGAGCAAUACCAGCUCACUGGGAAGAUCAAGUCCUCUGAAAAAUACACCAUUUUUGUUCCUGGAAAUAAUUCCAUUGAGGAGUACUGCCGUGCUGCCAAUGUGACCCAGCUGGACAACGCGACAGUGCAGUACCACGUUGUACUGGGAGAAAAGCUCUUGCCCACAGACCUGAGAAGUGGAGUUCAUAAGAACAGCAUGUUGGGGCUCUCCUACUGGCUCAUGUUUUACCAGAACAGCACCCAGAAGUUUGUCAAUAAUAUUCCUUUGGAUGGAAAAUUCUUCGAGACCAAGAACGGAAUGCUGGUGGGGGUGUCGCAGGUGCUCCAGAUACAGAAGAAUCGUUGCACUGCCAACACCACCACCAUACAAAAGUCAAGGUGCGGCAAGUGUGAGAAGGGGAUCAAGUGUCCUCCUGGAUCAGUUCUUGUGGAACCACCAGGGAGCAAGAACCUCGCUCGCUGCGAGCUGCGCUCUGGGGAUGCAGGAAUACUUGGCUGCCAUUUCACCUGUGCAAAAGUUUCUCUGAGGUCCGUCUGCUGCCCCGGCUACUACGGACACAUGUGCGAGAUGUGCCCAGGGAAGCCAGGCCAGUGGUGCUCUGGGAACGGGGAAUGCCAGGAUGGCAUCCAGGGCAGCGGAGAGUGCCGGUGCUUGGAGGGUUUCCACGGCACUGCCUGUGAAAUGUGUGAAGUGGGACGAUACGGGGCUGACUGCAAAUCAGAAUGUGCCUGUGACAAUGGGAUAUGUAACGAUGGACUGCAAGGGGACGGGAGCUGUGACUGCUUCCCAGGGUGGAAAGGCCCCACCUGCCAAGAGAGAAUCAAGACUGACCUGUGCAAUAACACCUGCCAUCAAAUGGCCAGCUGCCUCAAUAGUUCCACAGAUUCCCUACCUAUGUGCUUCUGCUCUGCUGGAUACACAGGGAAUGGGACCCAUUGCACAGAAAUAGACCCCUGCACUAUGGACCAUGGUGGCUGCUCCGUGCACGCCGUGUGCACCAAAGUGUCCCCAGGAGAGAGGACCUGUGUCUGUAAGGAUGGCUACGCUGGGGACGGGACACUCUGCCUGGAAAUUGAUCUCUGUCUCGAAAGCAAUGGGGGCUGCCACACCAACGCUGAGUGCAUCAAAACAGGCCCAAAGAAGGUUGCCUGCAACUGCCUUCCUGGUUACAGUGGGGAUGGUGUGAGCCAGUGCAACCCCAUAAACCUGUGUGAACAGAACAAUGGAGGCUGCAGCCCCUUCGGGCUCUGCAAGUACACGGGGCCAGGCACUCGGAACUGCUCCUGCUCCUGGCACAGCGUUGGAGAUGGCUUCACCUGCCGUGGCAAAGUGCAUCAGGAGCUUGGAAGGAUUCCAGACUCAUCUGUGUUCUUUAGGAUGAUACAGGCAGAAAGCAUCAAAGAACUCAGUGGGGCAGGGCCUUUCACUGUCUUCGUCCCACGCACAGAUUUCAUAGGAAACACUACAACAUUUGAGGAGUGGAAGAGCAGAGGUCUCCUCCGGGACCUUCUUCGCUACCACAUGGUGGGUUGCCAGAAAUUGCUCUCCAGUGACCUGGAAGCCCAGGAGUCCCUCACGUCUUUAUCUGGUCACAAAAUAAAGAUCACAGUGAACGAGAAUAGCAUCUUUCUCAACGGGGAAGCCAAGGUGGUCACGAGUGACAUCAUCGGCAUGAAUGGGGUCAUCCAUUUCAUCAACCAGAUCCUCAUUCCAAGUGACCUGGUGGGCCGUAACGUCUCCUCCAAGCUCUCACAGCAGAACAUCACGGAGGUGGCGGAGGCCUUUGGGUACAGCAUUUACAGCAAGCUGCUGCAGGACGCGGAGCUGCUGCCCCUGAUCAGCGACCCCCUGCACAGGCCCUUCACGCUGCUGUGGCCCACGGACGCCGCCUUCGCCGCCCUCCCCGAGGACAGGCAGAAGUACCUGUACCGCAGGGAGCACCGUGACGUGCUGGCCUCCUACCUCAAGGCACACAUGAUCAGGGACACCAAGAUUGUUGCUGGUAACGUGCCCCAAGUUGAAACCAUACGGACCAUGCACGGCUCCACCAUCUCGUUCAGCUGCAGCAAAACCCACGUGGGGGAGAUUCUGGUGGGGAACGGUGAUGCCACCAUCAUCCAGAGGCACAUGGAAUUCAAUGGGGGCAUCGCUCAUGGCAUUGAUAGACUGUUGGAGCCGCCAGAUCUGGGAUCUCGGUGUGAUAAGUUCAGCCUUGUUGAGCUACAGGGAUCUAUAGAGAGCUGUGGACUCUGUGGCUUCGAGCCACCCUGCCCUGCUGGCUCCGUUCAACGGGGGGACAUCAAGCGCUGCUACUAUUACGGAAACCACCUGCUGAGGAACACGCUCCUGCUCCACCGCAACUCCCUGCUGCGGCCGUCGUGGCCACCACACUCCCCGUGGGACCCCUUCAGGAGACACUUCUCUUCCAGGGGGCCUCUGAGACGAGGCUGCAGGAGGAGCUGCGUUUCCAGCCAGUGGAUCCCACAGUGCUGUGCCAACCACUACGGCCGAGACUGUCGGGUGUGCCCAGGGGGGCUGGAGGCGCCGUGCAACAACCGUGGGACCUGCGAUGACAAGAUUGGCGGCUCGGGGAGGUGCAACUGCAGCGAGGCCUUCAUCGGGACCAGCUGCGAGCUGUGCGCGCCCGGCAGAUACGGCCCCCAGUGCCGAGAGUGUAACUGCACUGAGCACGGCGUGUGCAAUGCGGGGCUGCACGGGGACGGCUUCUGCUUCUGUACCGAGGGCUGGACUGGAGACCGCUGUGAAAUCAGAACAGUGGUGACCCCCACGUGCUCCCCACCGUGCCACCCCCAGGCCGUCUGCCGUGCCGGCAACCUCUGCGAGUGCGACCUGCACUACGAGGGGGACGGGAGAGUGUGCUCAGUGAUCGACAUGUGCAGCCAGGACAACGGGGGGUGUGCCCGGCACGCCCAGUGCUCCCAGCUGGGCGUGAACGUCUCCUGCGCCUGCGAUCCCGGCUACAGCGGCGACGGCUUCGUGUGCGACCCCAUCGACAGGUGUGCGGACGGCAGGAACGGGGACUGCAGCCAGCACGCCUCCUGCAUCAGCACCGGCCCGAACGAGCGGCGCUGCGAGUGCAAGCCGGGCUAUGUGGGAGACGGGAUCCAGUGCCUGGAAGAGGUUGUGCCCCCCACAGACCGGUGCCUGGAGGACAACGGGCAGUGCCAUCGGGAGGCCAUCUGCACUGACCUGCACUUCCAUGAUAAGACCAUGGGCGUGUUUCACCUGCAGUCACCCCGGAAAAAGUACGACUUCACUUACGAGCAGGCUCAGGAGGCCUGUGCUGCAGAAGGCGCUUCCCUGGCCACGUUCCAGCAGCUGUCGGCAGCACAGCAGAUGGGGUUUCACCUGUGCCUGGUGGGUUGGCUGGACAAUGGCACAGCCGGAUACCCCACAGCCUACCCCAACCCCAGCUGUGGGUCCAGCCACGUGGGCAUUGUGGACUACGGCUCCCGAAGCAACCUGAGCGAGACCUGGGACGCGUUCUGCUACCGGGAGAAGGAUCUGACUUGCACCUGCCGUGAGGGGUUUGUGGGAGAUGGGUACUGGUGCAGCGGGAGACUCCCCGAUGUGCUCGCAGACAACGACCGCUUCUCCACCUUCUAUUCCAUGUUGCUCGAUUUUGCCAAUGACACAGAAGAAGGACUGGAUUUUUUCAUGUACUUGUCUGAUGACUCCGCUCCCAAAACUCUGUUUGUCCCUCUGAACUCUGGCUUUGCAGACAAUGAGACUCUGACAGGAGAGGAACUGAAGCUCCACGUGUCAUCCAGCAAUGUUGUCCUCUUCAGCUACAACCUCACAACAGGCACCAUCAUCCCAUCCCAGUCAGGACAUGACCUCCACAUAUCAGACUUCCCAGUGGGCAACAGUACAGAGCACUCAGACGCCAAGGGGAUCAAUGACACGAUGAUUGUGGAGUGGGACAUCAUGGCUUUCAAUGGCAUCAUUCACGCGAUUGCAGAGCCCCUGAGGAUCCCACCGCCUGUCGUUCACCUCGGCCAGGUGAACGGUGCCGCGCCGGGCUCGGGCUCCGUGGCCACCGGGACGGUGUCAGCGCUGUGCUUGGCGCUGGCGCUGGCGGCGGGGGCCGGCAUCGCCUACCACUGCGUGAGGAGGCGGCGGCAGGAGGGGCAGUUCGGGUAUUUCCAGGCGGAUCUGCGCGAGGAGGAGGAGGAGCAGGAAGAAGGGGCGGGGCCGCGGAAGGCACGCGCCAGCAGGCCCCGCCCCCAGCGGCCGCUCGUGGCCAUCCCCAACCCGCUGUACGGUGGCCACGCCCCCGACUACGAACCGCUGCACGACCCGCCCAUGGCCGAUUCCAGCACCGACCCCGCCGGGUUCCCGCAGUGACCCCGCACGGACCGGGCCGGCCCGCCGCGAAAUAAACAGCUCAGCGCCACCGGCUCUGCCCGCGCCUGCCCCC